CUCUGUCACUUACUCCUCUGUGUUCUCGUCUACCGUCCACUUGCCAGUUUCGGUAGUGCAAACCCUAGAUUACCAUCAACUCACACUUAUACUACGCUCAACGGCACACAGACACCACCUGCUCAUCCCACCCUCGCACACCAAGUGACCUUGCCAUACACAGUAGUGGCACGCUAUACGUUUCACGGCCCUCCGCGCAGCAGUAUCAACGUUGGCAGCGUUCCCCUGCGCUCACACUGCGCUGUGACCAUGCUCUCAUAUAAUACCCCAGUCGCCGUGAACGGGCAGAGGCCCCCAUCCUCUGGGAGCAUCCCACCCUCGCCGAAGGAUGCCCGGCUGCCGACAGCGACAGCUAUCUCCAACAGUGUCAUGAGCAACGGCACCAUGUCUACAAAUGAGUCCACCAUGAAGCAGCAGCAUAUCUGGCUUGUGACAGGACCCGCGGGGUGUGGGAAGAGCACAGUAGCGAAGCACCUGGCGGAUACGCUCCAGAUGCCAUUCAUCGAAGGCGAUGAGUACCAUCCGCAGGCCAACAUCGAUAAGAUGAGCGCCGGCAUCCCCCUGACGGACGCCGACCGGUGGGACUGGCUGACGGCGCUGCGGGAGGCGUCGAUCCGUGAGCUGGACAAGGGCAGCGACGGCGUGGUUCUGACCUGCUCGGCGCUCAAGCGCAAGUACCGCGAUGUCAUCCGCGUGGCCCCUUACUUCUCGCCAAACCUGCACCUCCACUUCAUCUACCUCGACGCCCCUGAAGAGGUCCUCCUGCAGAGGGUAUCAGCGCGCAAGAACCACUACAUGGGCGCCAAUAUGGUGCACAGCCAGUUUGAGGCUCUCGAGCGGCCCGGUCCAGAAGAAGUCGACGUCAUCACCAUCGAUGUAACUCGGUCCCCCGACGCUGUCAUGGCAGACGCCCUUGGCCAGGCAGUCAAGACGAUGGACCGCGUCAAGCCAGAGGCUCAGCAAUGACCCUAGAGCCAACAAAGUAGAAGGGAGGAGAACGUGGCGUCAUGCGCGAACCGUUCUGUUGCAUCAGAUGAGGAGUUGGUCUUGGGAUUUUCGCUGAUCUCCUAGCACGACGAUUUGUCUGCCUUAUCUAU